AUGCCGAUUUCUGAAGUCGAUCGACAGAAGACCGAGGAGCUUCGCAAUCUGGUUAAGGAACAUCUCACACCGUACUACGACACUGAUUUCAACCUUCUUCGUUGGUUGAAAGGACACGAUUAUAAUUUGGAAGUGAUUAAACCGAAAUUGAUUAACCAUCUAAUGAUGCGCAAGUUAGACUGGGACCUUGAUAAUCUACCCGAUAAACCAAGGAAUCAUCCAGUUCACAAGCACUGGAAGAGGGGCAUCACGGGCGAAGCGAUCAAAACGCCGAAUUGUAUUGUAAACAUCGAGCAGAGCGGCGGCAAUGAUUAUUGGGGAAUGAUGAAAACACAUCCGAUCAACGAGAUACUCAGAGCCCGAUUGCAUGAUUUGGAAAGUAUGUUGAGAGCGAUUAUGGAACUGGAGAAGAAAACUGGCGAACAGUGUGCUAUUUUGUAUAUCAUGGAUUUGACCGGCUUAAAGUUGGACCAUAGAUGUAUGACCUUGAUUACAGGUGGUUUAGCUUCGAUCUCAGCUUUCAUGGCAGAGCACUACGUUGAGAUGGUGCACAGUUUUGUACUCGUUAACGUGCCAAGCUUUAUUAACGCAAUAUGGACCGUCGCUCGCCCGUUGUUACCUGAGAGAACUCGCAAGAAAGUGAAUAUUCUCGGCUCAAAUUGGAAAGAGGAUAUAUUGAAACUAGCCGAUGGAAAAUGUCUUCCCACAUAUUGGAAUGACGAAGGUCAAGACAUGCGCUUUCUGGCUUCGAUAGAACGAGCAUUAAGCUAUUCUCCUCAAACCUACUACAAAGGAGAAAUUCCAACAAACGCGAAGAGCAUCCAUAUUCCUGCCGGAAAGAGUGGAUAUGUUGACGUCGAAGCAAAAGAGAAUACUCGUCUGAAAUGGGAGAUUCAUUCCAAUGGACACUUUUCAUGGACUAUCUAUGAAGUGAAUGAAGAGAAAGAAUCGAAUGAUCUUACUGAAAUGAAGAGGGUUUAUCCACUUAUAAACAAGAUUCCUGGCCCCACAAUGGUACCGUUGUUGGAUUCGAUGGCUGUGCCAAAGACUGGUGUCUAUCGGCUUUGGUUCGGCAAUCAGCACGCAUGGUUUCAUACUUUGAUAGUCAAAUAUGUAGUUGAAGUCGUAGAUGAACAUUGA